GGCGGCCGCGCGCGCCUGCGCAGGACGCAGCAGUGCGCACGGGCGGCGGGAGGAGCGCGCGCGGGUGCUAAUUGGCCCGGGUGGCGGCCCCGCCCGCGAGUGGUGGGCGGUCACGUGACGCGACGGCUGGGGGCUCCCGGCGCGGGGGACGCUGGUGGCCAAGAUGGCGGCGGAGCUGGUGGAGGCCAAAAACAUGGUGAUGAGUUUUCGAGUCUCCGACCUUCAGAUGCUCCUGGGUUUCGUGGGCCGGAGUAAGAGCGGACUGAAGCACGAGCUCGUCACCAGGGCCCUCCAGCUGGUGCAGUUUGACUGUAGCCCCGAGCUGUUCAAAAAGAUCAAGGAGCUGUACGAGACCCGCUACGCCAAGAAGAACUCGGAGCCUGCCCAACAGCCGCACCGGCCCCUGGACCCCCUGACCAUGCACUCCACCUACGACCGGGUCGGCGCUGUGCCCAGGACUCCCCUGGCAGGCCCCAAUAUUGACUACCCCGUGCUCUACGGGAAGUACUUAAACGGACUGGGACGGUUGCCUGCCAAGACCCUUAAGCCAGAAGUCCGCCUAGUGAAGCUGCCCUUCUUUAAUAUGCUGGACGAGCUGCUGAAGCCCACCGAGUUAGUCCCACAGAACAACGAGAAGCUUCAGGAGAGCCCGUGCAUCUUCGCGUUGACGCCAAGACAAGUGGAGUUGAUCCGGAACUCCAGAGAACUGCAGCCCGGAGUUAAAGCCGUGCAGGUCGUCCUGAGAAUCUGUUACUCAGACACCAGCUGCCCUCAGGAGGACCAGUACCCGCCCAACAUCGCUGUGAAGGUCAACCACAGCUACUGCUCAGUCCCGGGCUACUACCCCUCCAACAAGCCUGGGGUGGAGCCCAAGAGGCCGUGCCGCCCCAUCAACCUCACCCACCUCAUGUACCUGUCCUCGGCCACCAACCGCAUCACCGUCACCUGGGGCAACUACGGCAAGAGCUACUCUGUGGCCCUGUACCUGGUACGGCAGUUGACCUCGUCAGAGCUGCUGCAGAGGCUGAAGACCAUUGGGGUGAAGCACCCGGAGCUGUGCAAGGCGCUGGUCAAGGAGAAGCUGCGCCUCGAUCCCGACAGCGAGAUCGCCACCACAGGUGUGCGGGUGUCCCUCAUCUGCCCGCUGGUGAAGAUGCGACUCUCUGUGCCCUGCCGGGCAGAGACGUGCGCCCACCUGCAGUGCUUCGACGCCGUCUUCUACCUGCAGAUGAAUGAGAAGAAGCCCACCUGGAUGUGCCCCGUGUGCGACAAGCCAGCCCCCUACGACCAGCUCAUCAUCGAUGGGCUCCUCUCGAAGAUCCUGAGCGAGUGUGAGGACGCUGACGAGAUCGAAUACCUGGUGGACGGUUCGUGGUGCCCGAUCCGCGCCGAAAAGGAGCGCAGCUGCAGCCCGCAGGGCGCCAUCCUCGUGCUGGGCCCCUCGGAUGCCAACGGGCUCCUGCCUGCCCCCAGCGUCAACGGGAGCAGUGCCCUGGGCAGCACGGGUGGCGGCGGCCCGGUGGGCGGCGUGGAGAAUGGAAAGCCGGGCGCCGACGUGGUGGACCUCACGCUGGACAGCUCAUCGUCCUCAGAGGAUGAGGAGGAAGAGGAGGAGGAGGAGGAGGAGGAGGACGAAGAGGGCCCCCGGCCCAAGCGCCGCUGCCCCUUUCAGAAGGGCCUGGUGCCGGCCUGCUGACCCCGGCCGCACACUCGACUUUCCUGGUGCUCACCACGCAGAGGGCGCGGGCCAGCCUCAGGCGCAGAGGGAGGAGUGACCUUUCUUUUUCUUUUUCUUGUCGUUCCUUUUGUUUUUCCACCCCUUUGCCCGGCUCCUGGCACCUGUACCUCUGGACUCUCCUAUGGGGGAUUAAAAAAAAAGUAAAAUGACAAAAAAAGAUACAAAAAGAAAAAUGAAAGAAAAAAGUCAAGCUCUUAAAAGCAAGGCGGCCGCCCACAGCCGCCCCCGCUGGAGCCCGAGCCGGGAGGGUAGUGGCGGGAGGGACCAGGACGCGGCCCCGCCCCACAGCCGCCCCAGCUGGAGCCCGAGCCGGGAGGGUAGUGGCGGGAGGGAGCAGGACGCGGCCCCGCGCCCCCCUCCGGAUGCCCAGCUGCCCGCCGCCCUCUUCCCACCACCGUUCCAGCCGGUGCGCAGGGCCCGGGCGGUGGGCGGCGGGGCACAGCCCCUCUCUGGCGACCACUUUGACGUGUGUCUCUUCCUUUGCUUUUUCUCUGCAAACACAUCCUCUCCCAGAGACCCUCACGCGCCGAGCAACGAGCGUUUUAGCCAAGAAGCCAUGGAGUGGGUUGGGGCAGGGAGGGGCAAUGGGGUGGGGGGAUGGGCGGGCAGGAUUGGGGGACGGUGGGCGGCUGGGGAGGGUUUAGCCACAGAUGUGUUGUAUUUUUUUGAAAGUGCAAUAAUUUGGUAUUUUGAAGACCCGGCGUGUGGCCAGGAAGCCCCGGGGAAGGCGGGGGCCCAGGGUGCGGCACCGUGUGGCGUGGGGGGGUCUCAGUUUUCUAGCCAGCUACCUCGGUAACUCCAAUUCAGGUUAACUUCCCUACGGAACAGCACAGAUGUCCACAGAUGUCCACAGCUGCCGUCGCCGCCACCAUACCCCAGUCCUUGGGGCAUGGGGGGCGGUCGCUUCCCAAGGGGCAGCAGGGACUCCGGCCACCCCAGCUCUUGUUUGGGUUGAUUCCUCUCCUUUUUGCUCUUGGUUUUCCGACGGGUACGAGGCUGGCCUGGCACCCUGUCCCCCGGGAGCCUUGCUUUUCCAGCAGGACCAGACCAGGGGCCUCCCUCCUGUCCCCAGGGGUUCCCGGCCCCUCACAGGCCCCACCCAUGCCCUUGGCCUCAGGGUCCAACAACUGGGGGUGCUUCCGGGGCUCUGCCUCCAGGAUCCCGCAGCUGGGCACCCGCCUCGCCCCCCAGGAGACCGGGGCACAGGCAGAGCACCGGCCUCACCUGGUUCUCCAAACCUGCUGCCUGCGGUCUAUUUUGCUUUUGUCCUCCCCAGCCCAGAAUUUUCCUUUGUAUAAACAGAACUCCUAGUCAGGAAGCAAUAUCAUUUCAGGUCUAAAGAAAGGGACGUGCAUCUGGCCGAGGGCAGUUCAGUCUCGCUGCAGAGCCCGCAGCCCGCUGCGCAGCUCGGCCCCUCCCGCCCGCACGGGCAGCUGAAGGCCGCUGUUUUCUAAUAUUUGUAUUCUAAUUUAAUUGUUUUUAAAAAAUGCAAAUAAAAAAGGUCGAGGUGAAGCCA